GACUCACGCAGCCGGAGAUCUCGGAUUCAGGCCAAGUGGAAGGAGUGCUUCCGGGCAUGUGGUAUGGACUCAGGACUUUGAGGAACAACGAGCUUGACGACCUCCUGGCUUUCGGAUUUUGGCUGGACGGUGAAGACGACGACGAAUCUUGGAGUGUUUGCUCGUACACGUGGGAGACUACACCCACGAAGGACGUGAUUCCUCCAGGUGUCCCUCUGCCUCCUGGCCGGCGCUUACACGAGAAGCAUCUGCGGAAGAUGAACAAGUUUCUCGACGACGUGACGCUUUACCCCAAUGAGUUGCGCGAGAUCGUGCAAAAGAAGCGAACCAGGAAUCAGAAAGUGAAAGUUCCGUGCCUGCUUGAAAUUUACAUCUCCAGUCCAGAACGGUACUUUGCGAUGCAUUGCACUGACACUGGUCCUCCGGCAGUCUCUGCAGACCUCUGGGGCCUCGAGGGCAACGGAGAAGACAUCUACGAGCUGGAUGGAAAGCUCCGUACAGAUCCAGCAUCGCAGCGCCACUUGCAGCUGAUCAAGCAGGUGAUGCACUAUUGGCAGUCUUACGAUGGCUUCGCGCGUGUGGCGAUGAGCAUGGGCACCAAUCAGUUGAUCUUGGGCCUGUCAUACUAUGUGAUCGGCUACGUGUUGAUUUCCAAUAAGGCCAUCAUCGCCUGCUGGCUGGUGGUGCUCCUCUUCAUGGUCAUCGCGACUGCGUUGAUUCGUUUGGACAUGUCGCUCACGGGCUUUGAGUUCCGGGCGGCAAUGGUUUUGGUUUUCGCUGGGCCAGUCCUAACUGCCCUCGCGGCCCAGCAGUGGCGGCUGCACACGGUCAAGGGCUACGAGAUGGUGCACCUCUUGGCGCCGCUGCCCUAUGCGGCCGAAGCGGCCUGGCUCAUGCUGCUGCUGUACAUCAGCAAGGUCCAAGAACAGGAAGGUGGAGCGACGCUUCCCACCGGGUUCCGGUCAGUCAUGUACAUCGACGUCUUCGGCUGGAUCAAACGAGCUCGCGCUCAGAAAGAGGGCCAGGCCAGCCCCUGGGAGCCGCGGGUGUCCGAAGAGACACGCCGCCUCCCGUCUCCUGCAGAGGCUGCAGUGCCUCAGCCGGGACGAGGUCCAGCGCUGGAUGCUGUACACUACGAUGGCAGACUCUUGAAAGGCCCAGCUCCGCGGCGGCCAGAGCUGCUGCCAGGUGCUGCCAAGCCUCCUCCAGAGACCUUGGCCACUAAAGAAAUGUUCGAUCCGACAACUUUUGUCCCGAGGGAGAAGGAUGGACAGCACGCGAAUCACGCAGAGGACAUCCACCCUUACCUCAAGCCGGGUGUAGUGCCCUGGCGAAUCUUCUGCUCAGCGACCACGUUGCUCCUGGUCCUCUGGUGGAUCUCCGGAGUGCUUGUCCUGCUUCAGUCUUCUGGAUGGUCUGCGCUGCGCGUCUCGCCGCUUCUCCAUGACUCGGAGGAGGGGCCUGCGCCAAUCGAGCAAACGCAGACCGCGUCCUUUCUGCUGGAGGAGGUCACAAUCCAGCCAAAUCCCAUUGCUGAGUCUUUGCGUGGAGAGCACGUCGCCACGUUCUGGCCUCCAGGAGCCUCUCCGAGGCACCUCUCCUGUGCAUCGGCAGAUGGAGCCGUGCGCUUCGCCGCCAGCAGCCGUUUCGGCCUUUUCGAGGCAACGCUUAACACUGGCCUGAAGAGCAAUGCCAGCAGCCCCGGCAACUCCAGUGCCGAAUUCCAUUUUGCUCCUGUCUGUGAUGAUUUGGAAGCCUUGGCAGCAGAUUGGUCGGUGAGGGUAGAUGCUCUUAGCCGGGUUCCACUGCGUCAGUUCUUGUGCUGGGUCUCUGCAUCCGAGGAAGGUGAGGCGCUCCAGGAGACGGGGUAUGACCUCAGCCUCUUAUGCAGUGGCCACGACUGCCACGCGCAGGUGCUGCACCGCCAAGGCCAGCGCCUGGCGAGUUGUGCACUGGGCGCUGCGGCUCGGGCUCCGGAGGCUGUGAUGUCACUGGGUGACACCUGGCUGGGCCAGGGAGAUGCAGCCCGCGACGAGUCCCAGGAGGAGGUUUCAUCCCUCGCCAUGAUGGAUCGCUGCAUUAGCGGUUCAGAGCGUUGCGCCUACGCAGAGACCACGGGUGGUCGUCUAGUGGAGCUCAAGUCUGGACUGGUGCAAGGCUCUGUGGACUGGUUGCCGACCCGAGUCCUUUUAGCAGAUGUUGGUCGUGCAGCGAUGCGGAAAGGCGCCGCUCUCCACACGCUUGGCGACCGCUAUUUGGCAAUGUUGGUGACUGGAGGGAGGGAGCUGCGCGUCUUCGACCUCCGCCAGUCAGGCAAGAUGGUGCAGAGAUAUCCUCUGCCAGCGCAGAAGCAGUGGAGCUCCAUGUGCAGUGCGGGCAGCAACCUCUAUCUGCUAUCAGAGGACCGGGCAGAGGCCGCGCAGAUCUUCCGCUUCCCGCUACCGCAGUCCUUACUGCCUCCUGCACAAACGAAGCCAGCUGUGCUUUCGGAGAAGGUCAAAGCUGCACCGACGCCGGCGCAGCCUCCAAUGACCUUGGCAUCCGCGUACGCGCAGCCCAAGAAGGAGCUAUUGGAGAAUGCCAAAACAAGCGAUGUGUUCGGUGCAACCUGGCUGACAUCUGUGAAGGAUAUGAAGAUGUCGGGCUUAGAUAUUCCCGAGCAUGGGUGA